AUGUGUAUGAGGGCUUUUGAGCUGACUUUGGGUUUUUCUCAGUCUCAGUUGUCUACGUUGGCGACGGUUUCUACUAUGUCCCGCAUGGGUUGCUGCCUAAUUUGGGGUUUGUUGGCAGACACCAAUGAUUCGAGAUAUGUACUUGGUGGCGGUCUGUUACUGAUGGGUAUGGCCUCGAUUAUUCUAAGCUCUGCAUCACAAUACAGAUCAAUUCUGUUCUUGCGUUUCUUACACGGCUUUGGAUUCGCUUGUGUAUAUCCGGUGCAACAAAAAAUUGUUGCAGAGUCAACUACUUCAGAGGAAUCAAAGGAAGCAGAGGGACAAUCGGAAUCAUCGUCUACAGAGGCUUCAACAGCUUCAGGGGGAGGACAGAAACCGAAGAAGAAAAAGUCUAAUAGUAUAUUCACACAUCUUCAAGCGUUGAAUUGCAUUGGGCGAUUGUUAUGUGCAGUGAUAACCACUAUUAUUGCACGUAAAGUAUUAUUGGGAUAUUAUGGCUGGCGUACGUCCUACGUUGUUCUAGGGUAUGUCUGGAUAUUGUUUGGUAUUGGGAUCGUAUUUGGAUUGGAAAAGAAGAGCGAUGAUGUCGUUUCUAAUACCAAAGAACAAUUUACGGUUCGUAUAGGCAUGGCCUUUACAGGACCUUUUACGAGGAAAACAACAUGGAUACUAAUAUUUACACUAUUUAUUGCGGAAGCUCCAAUGUGUGCAUUUAAUUAUAUGACCAUAUACUUGCAAUAUUUGGGUGUAUCUGACACAAUGGCGGGUGUUGCGAUUGCAAUUACGUUGAUUGGCGGAGCAGCAGGAAGUGGAGCGGGGGGAGAAAUCAUAGAUAAAAUUUCGGAACACGCUAACGGCUAUGGUGAACUUGGUUCCGGAAUCGCAGUGAUGGCCGUCAGACUUGUCGUCUGUCUGCUAUUCUUUUUAGGGAACCCACCAUGUGGGAAGUUGCUUUGGUAUCAUUAUGUGGAGUUGGCAACGCUUGGGGGGACGUUAGUUACUCUGGGCGCGGUAGAUAGGGCUGUUAUGAAAAAAUCAAUCGAAGAUGAGUACCAGGGUACAGCAUCUGCCGUGGUUCGAACCAUAUCUGACAUUUCAAGUAGUGUAAUCCUCUUCCAGAUAUCUGCAUAUUUGACUGAGAAGGUGUUCGGUUACGUCCCCUCCAGGGAGUCGUUUGAAACGAUGGACGCAGCUGUCAAAGCACAAAAUGCUGAAGCUCUGAGGAAAUCAAUGAUGUACAUGAUUUUGGCAGGAACAUUGAUCAAUCUUGUUUGCUAUAUUGCGAUGUUUUUCACAUAUCCACAAGCUGAAAAAUAUAAGGAUGCUAAAAGGGGGGAAGAAGAAGAAAAGGAUAAAAAAGGAAAUACGGAUGGAUGCACGCAGAAAUGA